AUGAGCAAUGUCGUGAAAGAAUUGGAGCAAAACUUGGGAAUGAUCGAGGUUGUCAGCGAUGCCCUGAUAGUACGCAGAGCGAACUCUCUUGUUAGCCUCAACUUCCUCAGGAAUCUACGAAGAAUAGAAGGGCGUGUUGGAGGACUAGAAAUGAAUGAGUACUCCCUAUAUGUGCUGGCAAACAACAAUCUCCAACAACUCUUUGACUUCUCCCAGCAUCCCAACAUCAGCAUCGGCAACGGCAAGUUCUUCUUUCACUACAACCCCAAGUUGUGCUACUCGGAGAUUGAGAAACUUCACAAUCUCACCGGGAUCAAGGCUCCGCUUAGCAACAUUGAUGUCUCACUUUCAUCCAAUGGAGACCAAGUUGCUUGUAACACCCAUCGUUUGAAUCUAGAGUUUGCUUUCUUUCAAUCCGUGCUGUCGGUGAGAUGGUCACCUCCAAAGGGAAAGGGAGAUGUGCGUGAGAUCGUGGGUUACAUCCUGUCUUACCGUGAAGCGCCCCAAAGGAACGUGACAGAGUUAGACGGUGAAGAUGCAUGCGGAACCAGUCUUUGGGAGGUCCAGUACAUUCCACCCACCGAAACGUCUACCUUUGUGGCCAAUCUGAAGCCGUGGACACAGUAUGCAUUCAUGGUACGGACGUACACCAUCGCCGGGGCUCAGUUCAGCGCCAGGAGUAACAUCCAGUAUCUGUUAACGCCAGAAUCAAAGGCCUCCCCACCUAGCAGCCUGAAUGUCAUCUCAAAUUCGUCAUCUGAGCUGGUCAUUACCUGGAAACCACCAGAGCAUCCAAAUGGAAACCUCACACAUUACAUCAUCACAUGGGAACCUCGGUACUUAUUCAAACAGCAGUUUGAAGACAGGGAUUUCUGCAGAGAGAAACUGCCAACCCUGCGGAAGUCCGAGUCCAGCACAGAGAUGGAAACAUCAGAAGACGAAGACACUAACACUACUAUGGUUGGAGCGGGAUGCUGCACCUGCCCCAUCGAUCCGGAGGAGCUUCGAAGACGGGAAGAAGAUGCCCGCUUCCAGAAGGAUUUUGAGAAUCAGCUCCAUAAUAAUAUAUACAUGAAGAGGGAUUUCAUUAAUAUUAGUAGACCUGGCACACGUCGCAGGAAGCGGGAUGUCCCAGGCAGCGCGAUCCAAGAUUUCGGUACCACGUCCUCUACCACCACCACCAGUUUCAUCACCCCUAUACCGACCACGCCCACCCCUGGAUUCAACCUUAAUGGCUCUUUGUACCCCAGUAGCCCCUCUUCAGGGGUGAAUGCUUCCACCCCUCCACCAGCCAGGGUUGAGGAGAGAGUCAUCGGUCUGGUGGAGUCGUUCCAUGUUCCUGGGUUGGAGCACUUCACCGAGUAUCUCAUCACCCUGCAAGCUUGUAACUCCAGGGAAUGUAGCCGUGCUUCAGCUGUAUAUGGACGCACCCUGCCAAAAGAAUCGGCUGAUCAGAUAGAGUCUACCGUGAUGAUAAACCACACCUCAACAGACAGGGUCCACCUGACGUGGGCCGCACCCACCAACCCCAACGGCAUCGUCGUCAUCCACGAGGUCAGGUUCGAAAUGAUCGACCCCAAGGUCGACGAUGUCGGUGAUGAACGAGAUGCGUAUACGGUGGUAGAGAGCCUCUCAACACCAAAACCAGUGACACAGUCGACAGAGAACACUGAAUGUGUUUCAGCAGAGGGAUACAGACGGGUGCUUGGAGCCGAACUCUUGGGGUUAAAGGUCGGUAACUACACAGCGAUGGUGAGGGCGGUGUCACUUGCCGGCGAGGGUCCGUGGACCAAGCCCGUCACGUUCAGUGUACCGGAUAUCACAAAUAAUCCUACCUACGAACCAGAGAAAGCCUUACCUCCGAUGAUGGGAGUUACAAUAGCAGUCAGCAUCGCAGCGGUUAUAAUUAUUAUCGUCUUUAUCAUCAUCUUCCUGAGGUGGCAUUAUCGCAAGGACCAGAUGCCUGAUGGUGUUCUCUAUGCGUCUGUCAAUCCAGAAUACAUGAGCACCAGUGAUAUGUAUGUUGCUGAUGAAUGGGAGUUUCCCCGUGAUAAGCUGGAGAUCAUCAGAGAGCUUGGAAAGGGUAGUUUUGGUAUGGUUUACGAGGGUCUAGCCAAGGGUAUUCUUCCGGAAGAAGAAGAGAUCUCAAGAGUGGCCAUCAAGUCUGUCCAAGCCAACGCUUCCAUGAGAGACAGGAUCGAGUUCUUGAAUGAAGCAUCCGUGAUGAAACUUAUUGAUGCCCACCAUGUUGUGAGGUUACUCGGUGUCGUUUCAAAAGGUCAGCCGACGUAUGUGAUAAUGGAGUUUAUGGCCCAGGGCGACCUUAAAAAUUGGUUAAGAGCAAGAAGACCUGAGAACCAACAGGACUUACCACUGAUAGAUCGUAAGAAUGUGCCCACCCUUGAGCAGCUUCUGAACAUGGCCGCUGAGAUUGCGGAUGGCAUGUCAUUUUUAGCAGCAAGGAAAUAUGUUCAUAGAGAUCUCUCAGCCAGGAAUUGUCUGGUAGCAGAAGAUGGAACAUGUAAAGUAGCAGACUUUGGGCUAGCAAGAGACAUCUAUCAAUCCGAUUACUACCGCAAGGAAAGGGGUGGGAUGCUACCUAUUAGAUGGAUGGCUCCAGAAUCUGUCAAAGAUGGUGUGUUUCAAACAAGCUCAGAUGUUUGGUCAUUUGGUAUAUUAUUAUGGGAGAUGUCAACAUUAGGUGAGCUGCCUUACCAAGGUCUAUCAAAUGAGGAGGCUGGAGAAUACAUCAAAGGAGGAAAUGUACUUAGAGCACCAGAAAACUGCCCAGAAAAAAUGCAUGAAAUUAUGAUGGCCUGCUGGCAAUAUCAAGAGAAGCUAAGACCAACCUUUGGUGAGAUUCUACUUGCCUUGGAAGAUACCGGUCUUCUUCAAGAAUCCUUCGCCCAAAACUCCUUCUUCCUCAACGAACAGCUUCACGCCAAUGAGGUCCCUGACAAUAUGAGCUCCAAGGAGCUAGAGACAGUCUCUAUCCUUGACCAGAAUGCAAGGAACAAUGAAAACCUUUAUACCAACAUGUCUAGCAACAAAGCAGCGGGAGCUAGCAAUGGGGGGAACGGUUCUGGUGGUAGUGUCCAGGUACCCAUCGUGACGGGACCUUCGUCGUCGCCGAGGGAUCGGAACGGUAGCCUGACGGGGAAUGGCUCAAUACCGCACGGGGUCGGGAAGUGCACGGAAUGCUGAGGGUGGGUGUGUCUUGGACUUCUAUUCUUUUGCAUGGUUUGAGAUGGGGGAGGCAAGAAAAGCCACUGUGAACUGGUCGAAAACCUCUCUGCAGUCACAUUGGAGUCGAGGAAUAAGAUCACGAAAGAAGACAAGACAUGGAAUGGAACAGAUGUCUUUGAGGGUUCGAAUCUCAUCCAUCUAAAACGUAAAGGAGGAGGAUGUGAGGAAGCGGUUACCAUGGCAACAGUAGAGAGAUGGAGAAUGCUCCAGAACUGCUCAGAAUGGACCUCGGUGGAUUGCAAAUGAAAAAGCAGUAUUAAAAUGGUUCAAAAUGAAGCUAUGGAUGAUUUCAUAGAUCUGAUAUUUUCAACUUCAGUUUUGUGGUCUUCAGUGCAAAUGGAUUGCUUGCAUAGAGAUAUUUUGGGAGGUUGUGCAAAUGAAGAUGGUCAGUAUAUCAAUGUAACUUCUGUUAAUGAGUACCUGAUAGAGUAAAACCAGGGUCUGAUAUGAAAUGGUAUGGACCAAUAUCAGAUACAGACGAAUAUUCCGAAGAAUAAUUAACCUCUGCCUUUUAUCGGUGUUCAAUAUCUUUCUUUUUUCAUUUCCUACUCCUUUUCUUCUCUUCAAAACUUCUAUAUUCUCUCAUUCUAUUCCUUAUUCAUUUCUCCCUCUUCUUUUUUAUCAAUUUCUCUUGAUUUUUUUCAUCGCUUUUCUUUUCUAUUUGUCUCUUCUUUCCUGAAAGAUAAUGAUUGCUAACAGUAAAGCAAUUUAUUAAGUGCUUGUAUCUACACUGUGUGUGAUCAAGACGCUAUUAACAUUUCUUAUCCUGGAUUUAGCUUAUUUCUCUUUUGUUUCUUCCCCUUUAUUCAUCUCCCCCGCCCCCCUCUCUCUCUCUUGAUCUCUUUGACAAUGUCUCUGAUCAUAUACACCAUGUUUUAUCAGUAAGCCACAAAAAACCUCUGGAUGUUCAUUUGCGUUUGUUUUGUUUUAUAUGGUGCAAUAUUGGAUAGUAGAAGGGAGGAAGAAA